UCACUUAACAUAUAAUAUAUAAAGCCGCGGAAGAUAUAUGCGUAGUGUUGUAUCUUCCGGCCAGUACCUCGGGAGCGCGCACCGGUCGCUCUAGUGACCACUCACACACACCACAUACAAGCAUCGUAUCCCAGCUAUCCUCGAGCAUGGGUCACCUGGCUUUCUUCCUGAUGACGCUAUGGCUGACUUCCGCGGCUGCACAUCGCAGCCUCAUCAACAGCUUAGCCAGGGAGGUGGCGAAGGAAGUACAGAAAGAGGGGCAGGCCGCUGCGGAUCCCGUUGGGAAGACUGUCGCCUUCAUCGGCUCAAGUCAAUGUAAAAAUGUAAAGAAGCUGUUGGGAGUGACAUAUGAUAACUACGCGUACUCCGGACCAGAUCUAAGCAAGCUCACUCUGGUCUUCACCACCAGAGCCAAAACAGUCACCUACAACUUAACCCUGGCUCCUGAAGAGAUCCCCCAGGAGCGCUGGUUCAACCCUGCGCUGCCCUUCAGGAUCUUCCUGCACGGUUUCACAGACGACCCUUCCAAAUUCAUCUAUCAGAACAUCAGCGAGGCCUUCCUUAAACAAGGAGACGUGAAUAUUUUGGCUCUGGACGCCAGCUCGUUGAUCGGUGGGCUCUACCUGCGGUCUACCGUAAUGGUGCAGUUCAUAGGAGAGAGGCUCGGAUCCGUACUGGCCGCGUUAGUGCCUGCUGGUCUGGAUCCCUCAAAUAUUUAUCUCAUAGGCCACAGUCUGGGCAGCCACAUCGCAGGAUUUACCGCCAAGACGUUCUACAAACAGACUGGAUAUCGUAUUGCCAGAAUAUCUGGGCUUGAUCCCGCCGGACCUUGCUUCUCAAACCUGGAUUCAGACCUAAGGCUGUCCAAGGAAGACGCGGACUUUGUGGACGUCAUACAUACUGAUGCUGGAGUAUAUGGAUUAAAUGAGGCGAUUGGUCACGUGGAUUUCUACCCGAACGGUGGCUCUGAACAGCCGAACUGUCUGAUCCAAACAUGCAGCCACAGCAGAGUGCCGCUGUUGUUCGCUGAGUCUGUGCUGGAUGCGAAUGCCUUCGUCGGAGCGCAGUGCUCAAGCUGGAAGCAGUUCAUGAAAGGAAACUGUGAUUUCAAAGAUACCAGAAUCAUGGGUUACCACUGUCCCACGGACGCCCGCGGAAGGUAUUACCUCCAGACCUCCGACGAGUCUCCAUUCGGUCGCAAAGAAGCAGGCCUCAAAUACGUCAACAAUGACGGCAUCGUCAGGAACAUUCAAUACUUAGUCACGAAGAAAUGACCUAGCUUUAUAACAUCUAGACUAGAUUCAUGACUGAUUUUAUGCA